AUGAGGAUCGAACACACAAUCAUGGUCAAAGAAGAAUCAAAUCUCCACCUUCCACGCAUCCUCUGCCUACACGGCGGCGGGACCAACGCGAGAAUCUUCCGCGCCCAGUGCCGAGGAAUCGUCCACCGCCUGAAGGACGAGUUCCGCUUCGUCUUUGCACAAGCACCGUUUUCAUCACCUGCAGGACCAGAUGUACUCUCUGUGUACAGUCAAUGGGGCCCAUUCAAAUGCUGGCUACCACAAUCUCAACACCCCCAAUAUCCUUCCCUUGAAACAGUUUCACUCGUCGACAAGACUCUUGAAGAUGUCAUGAGACGCGACGAUCUGAAAGGUGCCACUGGUCAUUGGGUUGCUGUUCUCGGAUUCAGUCAGGGAGCCAAGCUCGCUGCAAGUCUAUUAUACCGACAACAAGAAGGAAGAUCAAAUACCAAGUUCCGAUUCGGGGUUCUUCUGGCGGGCAGUGCACCCUUGGUUUUUCUGGAUCAAGACUGGGAAUUAUUAUCUGUCUUCAAGUCUCUACCGAGAACAUUGGACCUUGAUCCUGUUCUGACUAUCCCAACCAUUCAUAUGCAUGGCUUGCGGGACGAGGGAAUACAUCGUCAUCGGAAGUUAUUUGAGUCUUGCACACCUAAUACUUCGAGACUCAUUGAAUGGGAUGGCGAUCAUCGUGUUCCGAUCAAAUCUAAGGAUGUCGCACUUUUGGUGCACCAAAUGAGAGAAGUGGCAGAUGAGACGAGUGGCGGGAGAAAUAGUGUUCUAGUUUCUCUGGAUGUGAAAACACUUGUUUCCUGCCUCGAGAUCGAGGUCGAAGCUUAA